UGUGGAAUCUUUUUUGCGUUCCAUCAUUCCAAGGUUGUUGUUAUCAUGAGGGUCUACCAAUUGUUCGCGGCUACCACGCUCCUUAGACUUGUAGCGGCCAAUUUUGGAGAUGUCAAACGUACAGACAUCGAAAUCGAUUGGAACGAGGCUAACUACAGCAAAAAAGGCUUUAACCUGGCUGGGGAACCGGCGGCUUUCCUUGAGUCGUUUCAAGGUGUGGAGAAAAACGAGACCAUUCCACAGUUGCAGGACCGCAGUACGGAACUGUACGGUCGUCAGCGGUGUCAAACUGGAUACGGCUACUGCUCUGCGUUUGGAAGAUGCUGUCCCAGCAGCAAUAGAUGCUGCGGGUACGGCUACUGCCUCGAGUCCGGCAAAACCUGCUGUCCGAACGGCCCUUGCGGCGCAGGACUGACUUGCUGUGAGAAUAAGUGCAUGCCUGACGGCGCUUCGUGCUGCCGCAGCGGUAACUACUGCGAAACUGGAAACAUGUGCGUUCUAUACAAUGGGCGAGGAGUUUGCUGCACCGACUUGCAGUGUACUGCAGUAGUUACAGGCGGUACCACUUCGUUCGCUAGGACAGCUACACAAGCCCCUACAGUACCGACGAUCACACAGCCGCCGCGGACGACUCAAGUCAUCGCCGAUAGCUUCACGACGUAUUACUGGACAGUGAGGUGGAGGUACUAUAGUUACUACUGGACGAUCUUCCAGGCCCGCAGCACAGUCACUUAUACAAUUACGACCUACACAACGAUAUACACCACGAUAGCGACCGAUGACAGUCAAGCCUCCGCGCUCUUCGCAGACUUGAGUAAAACAAUCGCUUUCUCAACGCCGGCGGAGGCGACCACGCUUGCGAGCUUACUCGAUGCGGCGCCGAGUCCGACUACAAUGCUGAUAACUGCUCUGGAUACGGCACUGGAAAGUACGUUGGUGGCUGGGCCGACGUCUCAAGAUGUUAAUCUGGAUUCGCCAGGCGGCGAUGAUACUACUCUCGGAGUUACGGUGGCUCGGACAUCGAGCUCUAGCACUUUUUCUAGCACUUUUUCUAGGACUGCGGCAAGCUCGAGUGCACUGGUUGCUGGAGGUGGUGACAGUGCGAGUGCUGCAGGUACGGCCGUUGUGCAGAUGGCGUUCGUUGGACUGGCGGCAUUGAGUGGACUCUUGAUGUUGUGGCUUUAGAAAGACUUGUCUUUCAGAAGUAUUGUCUGUUGUACAUUAGUCAGUGAAUGACCUCCGUGCUCCGGUCAUCUU